GCAACACCUUGUUCACAGCCAGCACUUAAGUACCUAUAAUUCGGCGUGCACCCAACUCGACAAGCUGGACUUUAAUGUGAUUCAGGUUGGGCAUCUUGGAGACCAGUUUAAAGAGACAAGCCUGAGAUGGUCGGGACAUGUGCAGAGGAGGGAUGGUGGAUAUUCUGGACAAAAGAUGUUGAACACAGAGCUGCCAGGCAGGAAGAAAGGAGAUCACAGAGGAGGCUCUGUUAGCAGCAUGGGACAGCAUCUAGGAAAGAAGGAGCCCCACACAGACGGCAAGGCUCCGUCACCUGAACCCAAAGAAACGGCAACGCCAGUAGCAGAACCUGAACAACAAGAUGAAGUCUUUGGCCUGAGUGAGGCAGAUGCGAACCAGAACAAUGGCUGCGUCUCGGAGAAGCCAGCGGUGACUGACUCCACAGACCCCCACCAGAGUUGGAGCCCCGCCAGCACAGCUGACCCUGACGCUGCCACACCACGCCCCCACCUGGUCCGCCUCUUCUCCCGAGAUGCCCCGGGCCGAGAGGACAACACCUUCAAAGACCGACCCUCCGAAUCGGACGAGCUGCAGACCAUCCAGGAGGACAGCGGAGCGGCUUCAGAGUGCGGGUCGGAGAGCCAAGAACAGGACCUAGAUUAGGCUAGCUUUUUUUUUUUUCCUCCCCUCCCUUUUCUCUAUUUUUUUUUUCUUUUUCCUCCUCUGUCCACUCUCAUUUAAGAGAGACGCAAGAACCCCUCAUUUGACAAACACAAGCGUAUUACCAACUGCUAAUACAACCAUGGCAUCCGCAAGCAGCUCUGCACAGGCCGCCUUCGGCCUGGGUCGGAGGAAGAAGAACCCCGGCCUCCUGGAUCAGAUUGGAAAGUUCUUUGGAGGGGACAAGAAGAGGAAGGGCAAGGGCUCUUUCCGAGGCGCUCUCUCCCCGGGCCCUCAGAAAGCUUCUGCAACUUCCCCACGUAAGCGCGGGGCCGAGAACGCCGUGG